AUGGCGUCCUCUCCUUUUUACGUUCUUUUCGCUGUCUUUACAUUUCUACUAGGCAUCACCACUGCCACCGACUGUAAUCCUCUUACCUCAGACACAACAUGUCCGGCAGAUAACGCGCUCAGCACCGAGGCCACAUGGUGGCUCAACUCAACCCUCGACACCAACCUAUGGGACAUGCAAACCGGCACAGCCGACUACACCAGCGAUGGCGCCGACUUCUCCAUCAAAACCGAGAAUGCUUCCACUCUUUUAGUUUCGAAUUUCUAUAUCUUCUUCGGUGUCAUGGAAGCACACGUCAAAAUGGCCAAGGGGGCGGGAAUAAUCAGCAGUGUGAUCCUGCAAUCAGAUGAUCUGGAUGAGAUUGACUGGGAAUGGGUGGGAUAUAACACGAGUGGAGUGCAGUCCGACUUCUUCGGCAAAGGCAACACGACCACAAGCGAUCGGGGCGGAUACCAUUAUGUCGAGAAUGCGGAUACCGAGUGGCACAACUAUACCUCUUACUGGACCCAGGAGAGGCUCGAGUGGUGGAUUGAUGGGGAUCUCGUGAGAACGGUCAACUAUUCCGAGCCCAAGACGGUGUACGGCAAGAAUUAUCCGCAAACCCCCUGCCGAGUCAAGGCUAGUGUCUGGCCUGUUGGUCUUGCCAGCUCCUCCGCCGGCAAUCUUGCAUGGGGCGGCGGACUUGUUGAUUGGGACGAUGUGCCUUUCACAAUGAGCAUACAGAAGAUUCGGGUGCAGGAUUUCUCCUCUGGAAAGGAGUACAAAUAUAACGGCACAUCUGGCUCGUUCGACAGCAUUGAAGUAAUCAGUGGAAACUCGACUGCAAAGGCGGAGAUUGAGAAGACACCUGCGAAGACCUUGGCCGAAAAAUGGGACGAUCUGGGAACAGGUGCCCACAUCGGUGUCUACUGUGGCUCGGCUGCAGCAGGCGGACUCUUAGUUGCUCUGUUCUCCUGGUGGUGUAUCAAACAACGACGCCAGGGUCGACUUCAGCGAGCUCUUGACCAUGACCAAGGCUCCGAGCUCGCAGGGGUAGAAAAGUCCCAGAAACCGUGGGGACAAUCGAGAUGGGGUCAACAAAGUUAUCAACCGGUGCCCUAG